AUGCACUUUGUGCCCGUCGGCGACGCGAGCGGUUGGAGCGCGGCGUUGUUGCGAUACAAGGCCAAGGAAGGCGUGGAGACGCGAAGACCGAUCGUCAUGGUGCCCGGAUGCGCGUCAAACGGGAUGACAUUUGAUGUCGAUAAGACGGUGAGCUUACCCAGGUAUCUCACGGAGCGCGGGCACGAGGUUUGGAUCGUGGAGACGCGCGGCGUCGGGUACGCGCGCAGAUGGACGAGACCGAGGUCGGAUUACGUCGAGGUCGCGCCGCCGACGGACUCGGUCGGCGAAGGAAGCGGUGGUGGAAUAGAAAUACCGAUGAUGCGAUCGGUGGGAUUCGGGCUCUGGGACUUCGACACGCUGUUGAAUGAAGAUUUGUUUUGCUCGUGCGAGUACAUCGCCGAAGUCUGUCGCCGUGGGGAUUUGGCGGGCGUCGGGCAUUCGAUGGGUGGAAUGCUCCUCGCCUCGCUUGCGGCCGUAGGACCGAAAGAAAGCGACAUCGGGGUGAAUUGUUCGUGGUCCAUGACUCGCGUGUGCACGAUGGCGUCGUGUUUGGAAUGUUCCUCGGAGAGCGACCCGGAAUCGCCGGCGUCGGUGUACGCGCGUUUCGCCGCCUUGGCGGGCCAUCUCCCGCGAGGACUCACCGCGAAUCCGAGCACGACCACCGUGCACUUACCAAUAGCGCCCGCAAGCGUAGCCACCGCGGAGGCGUUUCAAUUCGUGCUCGGUCCACCGCCUCCCAUCGACGGCGACGGCGCGUCGGCGCCCGAUCCCGCCAAGGCGUUUUGGAGAAAUUCAGUCUCCCCGGUGACGUGCCAUCCCGGCGCCACGGACUCGGAAUUCCUUCGACGACUACUAUUACGAGGCUUCAACAACGUCCCAUUGUCGUUGCUGAUUCAAAUGGCAACACUGUUCACUCCCGGAGGCAUGCGCAGCCGCGACCCAUCCAUGGGCGUCGACGAAUCGUCGAGCGUGCGCGCCAGAAUCGCUCGAGACAGCGAACGAUUAAAGUACCUCGACGAGCUCCAGCGCGCGCGCGUGCCUGUUCUCGCCAUCGCCGGGGACGUGGACCCGAUUUUUCCCCCGAACCAAGUCAAAGCGUACGCCAGAAAAGUAGACGCCGAGUACCACGUCUUCGGCGACGCGUCGUCGCCGCGCGACGACCCGGACACCCAUUACAGCCACUACGACGUCAUCUGUGGCCGACACGCCCCUCACAAAGUCUUCCCCAUAGUCGCCGAGUUUCUCGAGCGCUGA